ACUCUGGUUGUAUCGAACGAGCGAAACCCAACCAACGACGAGCGUUAACCUCAAAUUUGAUUAGAUCGCUUCUCACUCCUCAAUUCGUCUUCCUCGUUGGUAUCGUUAUCGUAUCGCCUUAUAACCUCCUUCGCUGCAUUACAUUCUCUGUCUUGAAUCCUUGCCUCUCUCCAUGGCUUCCUGUAGCCUAGGAGUUCCCAAAAUCAAAAUCUCAGCAGUAGAGCUUAGUAGAGUAAGAUCUGGAAGCUUACAGAUAGUACCAUGCAAUCAAAGAUCAUUGAUUUGUCAAAGGCCGGUUAAGUACUUGAGUCUGAGGGCAACUCUUGGUUCUGUGAAAGCUGUCCAAGCGUCUACUGUCACAGCUGCUGAAACAGCAGCUACUAUAGAAGUAGAGGAUUCUGAAGAGACCAAGUCAUAUCCAUUGAACGCUCAGCUCAUUCCCAAGCCCUCUGAGGUGGAAGCUCUGGUCACUGAAAUAUGCGAUUCAUCAUCAAUUGCAGAGUUUGAACUGAAACUGGGGGGUUUCCGCCUAUAUGUAGCAAGGAACUUAGCUGAAAAAAGUAGCCCUCAACCUCAGCCAAUUCCUGCUGUGGUUGCUGCAAAUGCAACUACUGAGAAUCUUGAUUCGAAUGGAUCAGCUUCCUCUACUUCAUUGGCUAUCACAAAACCAGCAUCUUCAGCUGCUGAUCAGGGUUUGGUGAUUCUCCAAUCUCCAAAAGUAGGGUUCUUCAGGAGAUCCAAAACCAUAAAGGGUAAACGUACUCCUUCGUCAUGUAAAGAGAAAGACCAAGUGAAAGAAGGUCAAGUUCUGUGCUACAUUGAACAACUAGGUGGCCAAUUCCCAAUUGAGUCUGAUGUUACCGGCGAGGUUGUCAAAAUACUCCGAGAGGAUGGAGAGCCCGUAGGAUACAAUGAUGCUCUCAUCUCGAUCCUUCCGUCUUUCCCUGGGAUCAAGAAGCUUCAGUAAAACCAAAUUCGAGCUGGUUUUGAGUUGUGCACUGUGCCUUGUGUAUGCUUUUUUAGAACAAAUAAACUUCAUUCAUAUCUCUGUGUUCUGUUUGUCUUUUGCUUCUCUGAAAGUUCUUCUUUAAGACACUGUUUUAUUCUGUUCUUUUUUUCAUAUAUAAAAAACGUUAUGAUACGCCAAAAAAAGAAAACGUUAUGAUA